CCUCCCCCAAUGUUUUUGACUUGUAUCAAACUUAGGAGGAGGAGGAAGUUCCCCUGGUCCGACGGAGGAAAUUGGCCAGGAGACAAGAUGGCGAGUCUAGCCAAGCACCCUCGGCCAAGAAGGGUCGAGCAGCUGAUCCUUCAAAGGAUGGGCCCUCUGGCCAACCAUCUGCUCAACCAUCUGCUCCUGCUGAGAAGGAGGCCCCGCCCGCUGCCAUGAAUCCUUCGCCCGCAGCUCCAAAAGAACAGGCCCAGCAAGUCAAACUCCCUGGGGCCAAACUCUCGAGCUGCUCCCUGCGAUCAGCUAAGGAUCGCCUUGCUCAUAUCCUGAAGCAUGACCGUUGCAGGGAGGCAAUGGCUGAGGCUGAGAACAUGGGGGUCGAUCAGAUCCUCAACAGGGCUCUUAAUGAAUUGGCCAGUGCCAUGCUGACAAUGACCGCUGCUCGUACUCGCGCUGGUGCCAGCAUCGAGAAGUCUCGGGCGAAGGUCAUCGAGGAGCUUCAAGCCGCAGGGGCUAGGCAUGCUGGGGAGUUGGAGGUGGUCACCCAGCAGAAGGAUGCCUUGGUGGCAGAGCUGGCAAAGAAGCACGCUUCUAUGGAAACUCUUAGGAAGCAGAGGGAUGACUACAAGGAGUCCACCCGAAUCCAAUGGCGUGAAGUCAAAAAACUUAGGGAGGAGCAUCUCGCUAAGGACACGACCAUUGCUAUUCUUCAAAGCCAGGUGGAGCAGCUUAAGCUCACCAAUGCCAAGGACCUGGAGAGGUAUAAGAAUGCGACACUUCGAUGUUUCUACGAUUUUCAGAAACACAACCAAAGUGCCGAUUUCAGUUACCUUUUAGAGGACGCUAGGAAGGUUGAGCUAGCCCGCUGCACUGCUCGGUAGGCUGCCGAAGAGAGAGCUAGGGUCCCUGCUUCCCCAAGCAUUCAGCCAGCCGCCGGAGUGGAGGGAGGAGAAGUUGCAGGAGACGCGGCUGAUCAAAAUGCUCCAAUGGAUCCUCCUGCUCCUCAAGCUCCUUAGAGUUUUUUUUUUUUAAUUACCCGACCUACGGGUCGUGAUGUAAAGACAGAUUUCUUUUUAAUUUUGCUGCAUGGGCAGCAUAUUUUCCUUUUACUUUUGAAAAAUUACAUCCAAGUAGUACUGCUUGCGGUGUAAAAGAAUUCCCUUUGAUGUUAUAAUAUUUCUGCUUAUUAUAACAUCUGUUCGCAUGACCGAACUUAGCAUAGUACUUUGGCUUGAUUUAACAAA